GCUCAGAAAAAAAAAAAACAUUCAAAAUUAGACAAAUUCUUCCUGUACAGAGUGAAGUGAAACUUCUUGUUUUUGUCCGUUUAUGAUCGGGGUGCAGCGUGAGUUGUUGCUACAGCGUCCGAAAUAAAAGCCUGGCUGUUUCCUCCGGCUAACUAGCUCCUGAGCUAACGGACGGCUAAUCCGCCGCUCGGACUCUGCCGGUCUUCGCCUCACUGAGCGGCCGUCCCCCCGGUGGGUGAGGACUGAGUCCCCUCUGUAGGUUGAUCAUGGUGCUGACUGGGAAGCGCUCAGAGAAAGGUCCUGCCUGCUGGAAGAGGAGGGUAAAGUCUGAGUACAUGAGGCUUCGACAGCUCAAACGCUUCAGGCGGGCUGACGAGGUCAAGAGCAUGUUCAACACAAACCGUCAGAAAAUAAUGGAACGAACCGACAUUCUGAACCAGGAGUGGAAGACCAGGCGGAUCCAGCCGGUUCACAUCAUGACGUCGGUCAGCUCCCUGAGGGGGACUCGAGAGUGCACGGUGGACAGCGGCUUCUCCGAAUUCUCCAGGCAGGUCAUUCCCCUGAAGACUCUUAACGCUGUGGCCUCGGUCCCAGUCAUGUACUCGUGGUCACCACUACAGCAGAACUUCAUGGUGGAGGAUGAGACUGUACUCCAUAACAUCCCCUACAUGGGAGAUGAAAUCUUGGACCAGGACGGGACUUUUAUUGAGGAACUAAUCAAGAACUAUGAUGGCAAAGUCCAUGGGGACAGAGAAUGUGGCUUCAUCAAUGAUGAGAUCUUUGUGGAGCUGGUUAGUGCGCUGUCUCAGUACAGUGACAACGAGGACGAUGAAGAAGAGGAUGAUCAAGACUACAAGGUGGAUCUGAAUGACAGCAAAGAGCACCAGGAGGAACCUCGCAAAGACGGCCUCAACAACAGUGAGAACAGAACCAACCACGACAGCAGCAAGAAGUUUCCCUCCGACAAGAUAUUUGAAGCCAUCUCCUCCAUGUUUCCUGAUAAAGGUUCCACCGAGGAGCUGAAAGAGAAGUACAAGGAGUUGACGGAACAGCAGUUGCCGGGCGCGCUGCCCCCUGAGUGCACGCCAAACAUUGACGGCCCGAACGCUCGCUCGGUGCAGCGGGAGCAGAGCCUGCAUUCGUUCCACACCUUGUUUUGCAGACGCUGCUUCAAAUACGACUGCUUCCUACACCCUUUCCAUGCUACGCCAAACACAUACAAGCGCAAAAACCUGGAGAACCUGGUUGACAGUAAACCCUGCGGCAUCGACUGCUACAUGUACCUGGUGCAGGAUGGGAUGGUGAGGGAAUACCCCGCAGUUGUUGUUGCAGAACGGGCGAAGACGCCGUCUAAACGCACAGUGGGUCGUCGCCGUGGACGACUGCCGAACAGCAAUAGCCGGCCCAGCACUCCCACUGUUUCCUCGGAAACCAAAGACACAGACAGCGAGCGCGAGGGCAGCAAAGACGACGAGCGAGACAAUGACGAAGACAAGAAGGAUGAGAACACCAGCAGUUCAGAGGGGAACUCGCGGUGUCAGACUCCUGUGAAGAUGAAGCUUGUGGGCGAUGCUGAAGCAGUGGAGUGGAGCGGAGCUGAGGCGUCUCUGUUCAGGGUUCUCAUCGGGACUUAUUAUGACAACUACUGCGCCAUCGCCCGGCUCAUCAGCACCAAGAACUGCAGACAGGUCUACGAGUUCAGGGUGAAGGAGUCGAGCAUCAUCGCACGCGCUCCUGCUGAAGACGAGGACACGCCGCCGAGGAAGAAGAAGAGGAAACACAGACUGUGGGCCACUCACUGCAGAAAGAUUCAGCUGAAGAAAGAUGGUUCAUCCAAUCAUGUGUACAAUUACCAGCCAUGUGACCACCCUCGGCAGCCCUGUGACUCGUCCUGUCCUUGCGUCACCGCCCAAAACUUCUGCGAGAAAUUUUGCCAGUGCAGUUCUGAGUGUCAGAACCGUUUUCCGGGUUGCCGGUGUAAAGCCCAGUGCAACACCAAACAGUGCCCAUGCUACCUGGCAGUGCGGGAGUGUGACCCCGACCUCUGCCUGACCUGCGGUGCUGCAGAUCACUGGGACAGCAAGAACGUGUCCUGCAAGAACUGUUCCAUCCAGAGAGGCGCCAAGAAGCACCUGCUCCUGGCCCCGUCAGACGUGGCUGGGUGGGGAAUCUUCAUCAAAGAGCCGGUUCAGAAAAACGAGUUCAUCUCCGAGUACUGUGGAGAGAUCAUAUCUCAGGAUGAAGCCGAUCGGCGAGGAAAAGUCUACGACAAAUACAUGUGCAGCUUCCUGUUCAACCUCAAUAACGACUUUGUUGUUGACGCAACGCGGAAAGGCAACAAGAUUCGCUUCGCCAACCACUCCGUCAACCCAAACUGCUAUGCAAAAGUCAUGAUGGUGAACGGAGAUCAUCGGAUUGGCAUCUUUGCCAAGAGAGCCAUCCAGACCGGGGAAGAACUCUUCUUCGACUACAGGUACAGUCAGGCCGACGCCCUGAAGUACGUCGGCAUCGAACGGGAGUUGGAGAUCGCCUGAUUGUGACGUCUACCUCCUGCAGACCAAUGACACAAAGGCCUUACACACAACUAUACACAACGGCACAAUGUCCACUUCAGCCCCCCCCCACACACACACGAUUUGAGGGUCGUAGGAAUAUUUGAUCUCAGUCAAACGGUGCUUUGCCCCAUGGACUCCAUUUCUAUUUUCUCUCGUCAUUAAUUUGGUUCCUUCUUUAGGGGCGGAGUCUUCUUCAUUAUUAUUUUUUCUAUCCGUCAGCUUUAACGUGACGACAUAAACCACACGACUUGAAAGAAACUUUUUAAUUCAACCUUCAGGGACCAAAAUCCUCCACCAGCUCAACCGCUGCGCCUCACUGCACGAUGGAACGCUGUGGUGCCGCAUCCCACAAUCCCUCACUUCAGGAAGGAAGUACAGCUGCAGACUUGUUGCUGUAACUUAUUUUUUUGUAAAGUUUAUUUAUAAAAUAAAUAAAAUCCUGGAAGAACCUGAUCCGUAGUCAGGACCAAAAAAAAAUGUGAUUGUAGUUCAUAAAUAAUUUUGCUUUGAACCCACUUAAAAAAAAAAAGAUAUUUUACUUAAAUUCAGCCUGAAUGCAACAGUAACCAUAGCAACAGACUAGCAGGCAUUGUUUGUCUGCUCAGAAGAGCCGAGUGUGUGUCCUUCACUGGACGGAUGAGGGCGCUGUUUCACCAAAACACCAUUCAUGUGAAAUCCAAUGAGAUGUUUUAUAAUAAUAAUAAUAAAUCUCAGUGAUGCUUUUUUUGGCCAAAGUCCGUCCUCGCCAGAUUCCAUCAUCAUCAAACUGCAGCGUGACUCUGCCUCUUCUUCAUGGGCUACCUUCAAGGGUCUUAAGCUGAACACAAACUUUGAAGUUCUAACUGGCACAAGUCUGUAGUCGACCAAAACCAGUCUGCUUCUCCUCUGGAGCUCCUGUUUUCCCAUAAUCCUCCAGGGUUCGGUCUGGUUUUUCCUUGUCGGUGCUUCAGACUGGAUCUUCGUCGUCGUUGUUAUGUGUUUGUAUUUUUUUUUUUUUUUUUUUUUUUUUUAGGUAGGACUUCAGCUCAUGAUGUUCACUUUUUUUAAUGGACACUUGGUGGCGCUGUGGAACAAAGAUUUUUCUUUCAGCAGUCGCUCAGCAAAUUUUCAUUUUGAUCAGGUCUGAGUUGAAUUUUGGUCACUAUGGCAACAGUUCAUGUUUCAGAAAUCGACAGCUUUGUGAGCGCAGCCUCGUUAACUGGUU